CGAAGGAGUAUGGUGGGAGUAGAGGAGGGUGGUGAGUCACUGAGACUCUGCCAAGCCGAGAGAGCGUAGCGCGGCCAAACGAGAGAGGGAGAUGCGCCUUAAAAUGUAGUCUGUGACGACGCAAAACAACUUUGUACUGAGUCAUUGGGAUGUUAAAUGAAUUUUGGGUAUCUAAAGAUUAGCCACGUAGUACCGAAACAAAGUUGAGCGGGCCGAAGGUAUACGAGGAAUUGCUGUAUUUGACUGCCGUUGAUAUAUUUUAACUACAUUAAUGUCAUUACAGGGUAUAUUAUUAUACUAAAGAUGAAGCAUGGUGAUUCACCAUAAUUACAACAAAUGCCAGAAAUAAUAACUGCCAACCUCACAGAUACAGUACUGUACUAGGUAGGCAGGCCUACCAACAUAAUGCAGGAAUCACAAUUAGUGAUCGGAAAUAUUCAUCCUUUGUGACAUUAUAUCGAUGAGAAAAGGGGCCAAUACUUUUUUAGGAGAGUGUACAAAAUGACAAAAUCAUUCUUGUGUUAUUUUUCACCAUUAUGGCUGGUAGAGUUGUACUUUUCAUGGUUUUCACUGCUUGUGCAUAACUCACAUUCUCACAUGGAAAGAAAUGGCUUCUUUUGUUGGAGGAAACGGUUAUCACCAUUUUAUAGAAUUAGUUAAUUUUUUCCACAGAUGUUUAUUUGGAUGAAUGUAAAUAUUAAAAUACGACAACGUUUUCCUUUAAUUAGAUUUAAUUUUUUUUCCACCCUUCAAUCAUAAACCCUCUGUAGUAGGUAGGGUAUGAAAGAAGAAGGAAAUUACAGGAUAAAACAAGGCAAAAACUUAUCAUAUGGCAGUAUUAAAACAUCACUAUAUGUUUUAUAGGUGAAGAAAAAAAUUACUUACCGUAAAUAUGGUGGCGGCAGUACUCCUGUGGUGACCAUCCUGCUGGUGAAUCCAGUCUUGUCAACAUGUAACAAGACAGGAUCAGCAUCAUAUGGUUGAGAAUGAAUUCCAUAAUAGAGGUUUGGAUAACUUACAUAUUAAUUUGGAGUUGCAUAGAAUUUGAAGUCAACGGUAUGUUCCUGUUGUUAUUGUUCUUCCACAAGGCUCGUUGGAGAUGCAUUUCCUCAUGAAUGCUAAUUACUGGAAAAUCCAUAAGUUAUCACAAGCUAUUGUGCAUCUUGAGGAUCAAGACUGUGUUAAAGACUUAAUACAGUAUGUGAUAUGGACUUCUUGGAAAGACGUGCAAGUGUAAAAAAUGCAGCAGGGAAGUGACAUUCAACGUACAUAAUCUGUUCCGGUGUAACACAAGACCUCACUAUUAAGACUCCUGCUCACGUUAACGAAGAUGGAUUGUCCUUGUGCUGGCAGGUUGCAGCUUCUUUAUUUACAUGAAAAACUAGGGGGAAAGCUUGAAUACGAAAAGUGCUAUUGCUCCACCUGAUAUGCCUAAUUCUAAGUUCUGAGUGGUCCACUCUUGAUCAGUUCCAAUGCAUAUCCAAAAAAUGCCUGCACAGUCGAACACAUUCAGAGGGAUACGGUCUUCCAAAUUCCGGCAUGUAUUUGGCAAAGGUUCCAGGAAGGAGAACUGCUAUGAGAAUGUCCUCAUUACACAGAAGGCACAUGACACUGCAGCCUGUGCUGCCAACCCAAAGUUUGUUGCCAUUGCUGUGGAAGUGGCAGGUGGAGGAGCCUUCAUUGUCCUCCCUUUGGAUAAGACUGGUCGUAUAGAUGUGAAUACCCCAAAAGUAACUGGACAUGCUGGACCAGUUUUGGAUCUGAAAUGGUGUCCCUUUAAUGACAAUCUCAUUGCCUCUGGUGCUGAUGACUGCACAAUCAAGCUGUGGCAUAUUCCUGAUGGUGGGCUUAAGGUCAACGUAACAGAACCAUUGGCUGACUUGCAGGGCCACCAGAGACGUGUGUCCAUAGUAGAAUGGCACCCAACUGCUGAGAAUGUUCUCUUUUCAGCUGGCUAUGACUACCAGAUACUUAUUUGGGACACUAGACGAGCAGCCCUCAUGCAGACCAUUGAUUUGCACUCUGAUGUAAUAUACAGCCUCUCCCUGAACCGUGAUGGUUCGCGAUUAACCACCACCAGCAGGGAUAAACGUUUACGAAUUAUUGACCCACGCUCAUGCAAGCUGCUACAGGAAGGUGUGUGCCACGAGGGUUCCAAAGCUUGUAAGGCAGUGUAUUGUGGAGACACUGGGAUAGUGUUCACCACUGGUUUUAGCCGCUUCAGUGAUCGGCAGUAUGGAGUCUGGGACGAGAAGAGUCUCAACACACCUCUUCGACUGGAUACCAUUGACUCAUCCUCUGGUGUCCUGACUCCUUUUUAUGAUCAUGACACAAGAGUUGUCUUUGUGGCUGGGAAGGGGGAUGGUAAUAUUCGAUACUAUGAAAUCACUGACAGUCCUCCUUACUGCCACUUCCUCAGUCAGUACAUAUCAGGUGAACCUCAGCGUGGCUUUGGGGUGAUGCCAAAGAGAGGGUGCAAAGUUUCACAAUGUGAGAUAUACCGCUUCUAUAAGCUGUAUGCUACCAAGGCCAUCUGUGAACCUAUCUCCAUGAUCGUACCCAGAAAAAGUGAUCAGUUCCAACCUGACUUGUACCCUGACACAGCCUCCCCCACACCAGCACUGACAGCAGACGAGUGGUUUGCUGGAACUUCUAAAGGGCCAGUUUUAAUGUCAAUGAAGACAGGUAUGACAAUCAAGACUCAUCGCCCACUCCCUAUGCGACCAACUGAAUCCACCUCUGACAAAAAUGCAGAUAAGAAAUAUGCUUUCCUCUCAAUGGAGACACGUGCAGACUACCGGCCCAUGGAGGUGGGUGUGAAGACCUCAAGCAGCACUGACAAAGACCUCAAAACCUCCACAAACUUGGACACCAAAUUUCAGGCACUUCAGAAGCUUUGGGGAUGUAAUGUUAAGAAUCUGGCUGAUAAUAAAGAGCAGUGUUCAACCAGUAGCAGUGGAAUAGAGUGUGAGAAAACAUCAACAAAAAAUACUAUUAAUAAAAUUAGUAUCAAGACAGGAGACUCACCCAACAAGUUGGUAAACUAUGGCAUGCAAGAAAUGGAAAUUCAGAUAGUGGAUAAACCUUCACCGAAGUCAGAGUCAGAGCUUCGUAGAGCAUACACUGCCCAGUGUGAAGAACUCAAGCUUCUUAGACGUCAACUUAUCAUCAAAGAUCGACGAAUUCAUGAGCUGGAAGACCAACUUAACCAACUUAAAGUCAAUCACAAAUAGUUCUUGUUCAACUAGGAAAUUUUGUUUAGCUCAAAGAUCAUUACAAUAUCUACAUACACUAUUAAGAGCUUGAUUAUUGAUGUAGUAGUGGGUGCUUAGCAGUAGGUGUUACUUUUCAUGAAAAUUUUAAUAAUUCUUAUAUCAUGCCAUGGACAUUCAUAACGGUAGAACAUGUUUGAUUGUCCUUCUAAGAUUUUAUGAUACAAAAUGUGAGUCUAUUUUCUUUAAUUGUGAGACAUGUAAACUCUAGAAACACUUAGAUAUAGCUAUGGAGGAAGGUAAGAAACCCCAAUCAAAGGAAAUUUUUUUAAUUGGUAAUUUUAGAAUACAUAGGUCACUGGUGUUAUGAGUGUUUUUUUGUGUGUUUUUUUAAGCAUAUGUGAGAUGUUACUUAGUGACGUGGAGUGGGGUCGAGUGAGGUACAGUACAAUGAAAUUAUGAUUUAUGGUAAUGAAGAGGGGAAAAAGAUAAAUUUUUCAUGCAAGACUAUGAUAAGACAAGACAAGGUGUUUGUACCAGCAUAAAAGCCAGUGUGUGUGCAAUAUGCAAAGUUGUGAUAGGAUAAUUAGAACAAUUGUUAGUUAAAUAAAACUGCCUUCACUUCUCUCAAGGUACUCAUGGAAUGUAAAAAUUCAGUAUGAAUUAAAUCCCAGUUUGAGGGUAUUUGUCCAGUUUGUUGUGGUGUCAAUUUUAGCAUUCCACUGUGAUUGAACUUAAUACAUCUUCCUUAUUCUUGACUGCCUUGCUGCUGCAUUUUCGUAUAUGCCUUGCACUUAUGCACUUAAAAAUGGAAUUCAUUUGUGCUUGAUGGCCUGUGUGCCUCUGCUACUCUGUCAGGUAUCAUGAAAAAAAUCAUAAUUUUUUACUCGAUUAUUGGAUCAAUGAAAAGUGUACAUUUCUAACUUUGUGGUACAAUACAUGCCACAACUUAUAAUAAGUACUGUAGAGUUAAUGAUGAGAUUUUUUCAUGAUUCCUCGGUUAACAGUCAACAGUAGAUAGUUCAAGAAAAUGGAGAAGGUUGCCUGUCUAGGAAAUCCUUAUACCUGUAGUAGGUGAAAUAAAAUUGAGCCCUUUGUAGGAGAUCCUUAUAGGUGAUAUAAUUUUAUCAAUAGACUUUCGAUAUUUCAAUGCAAAUUUCAUUGAGUGAAAUUUCUGUUAAUAAAUAGGGGUAAACAUUUAGUAUAAUGUAUACAUCAGCUUAGUGCAGUUAAUUUUUGUAAGGAUGAUCUUUAUUUUUCAUAGAAAUAUUGCCUUUGAAAAGUGAAAGGAUCACCUUUUUCCUUGUAGAUGGUUGAUUUUGGGCCAUUACAAAGGCUGCUCCAUUCUGGUGUCUGCCACACUUUCUCAAAGGUAUAGCACUGCACAGUGUCAGUAGUUAUUUUUCCAUUAUUUCCACCUUGCCUUUAGACUAUCUUUAAUUUCCUUCAUAUACUUGUACUUGAUGAAAGUUAUACAGGGUAUGUAUAUUCAUAAUUGUUUCUGGAUGUGGUUGAUAACCAAUUCAGCAUAUAGAAGUCAUUUGCAAAUGUAUUGAAUAGAAUUUUUGGGCUAACAACCUAACACAAUUAGAAAAAUUAGGAUUGGUUUCUGUAAUGUGUAGGCAUGCAUCUAUAUGUGCCACUAUGGUUCAAAGACUCAAAAUAGAUAUAUGAAUUUGAUAAAUCAAGCAUUUAAUAUUGGUAUUCAUUUUUAAGGAUUCUUUGUAUUCUUUCUUGUAAGGGUCUCUAAGAUAGGCUAGUUUUGAGGAAGUAGGACACAGACUGUUUGUGCAUAAUGUGCUAUGCUUUAGCCACUGCUGCUAUCAUUAGUGACAGUGCUGGGGAGCAUGUAAUGAAUGAGUAGAUAGAUUAAGUCCUAUAGGUCAUGCAACCCAAUAUUACAAUAGCAGGGACUUUUUGGGUACUGACCUGGGUUUCAGUAAAAGUGAUAUUCAUAUCUGUGAACUUGAUAAGCUUUUCUGAAUCUUUCAAAUUCUUGUUAUCAUUGGUUAUAUUGCAAAUUGUGAUAAUACUAACUGAAGAGCUUAUGAAAUUUUUAUUAAUAAUGUUUUCUGGACCAAGAAUUUUUUACAGAUUGUCAAUUCCACUAAGCUUUUUUUUUUUGUAUUUAUUUAUUUAUUUUAUUUUAUUUUAUUUUAUUUAUUAUUUAUUUUUUUUACAUUGUAGUAGUGCCAGUGACUAUCUAAAUAUGUUCUAUUUUCACUGCCAAAAAUUUGAUGUUGUCUUUAUGUGAUAGGAAUCGUCACCAAAGAGGUAAUGCUGAUUUUCUUACUAAUCUUGUGUUUUGUGUAAUAGGAAAAGAAAACUAACACUGCCAUGAUGCAUUCCAUAGGCUUUAUUUUUUGUUAUAGAAAACGAAAAUAAGCCUCAUUAGAAUGCUGCAUAGCGGUGAAUAGGCCUGAUAAUGUCAUAUGUGCCCCAAUAUAUAGCAGAUAAACAGGCAACUAUUAUUUGUAGUAUCCCUUGUGUGGUAUAUUUUGCCAGUAUAUUGUUAGUAAAUAUCAUUAACCUUACUUAAGAAAUAUGUAGAAAGGCAUUUUUUUAUUUUUUUAUACGUGUAUCUCCCUAAAUUAUAAUUUCUUUUAGUUUUUAUUUUAUUUCAUGAUCAUAUGUAGAUAUCAUCAUAUCUUAUUCUGACACAGAGAGUUGUGGGGUUCCCUUGGAGCUCUGAUGCUUGUGGGAUGUGUUUUCUUGGUAUUCUUGGUAGUAUUUUUAUUUUACAAUCUUAGGUUUUUAUUUUUGUGAAACCUUUGCAAGUUUUGUCAAUUCUUUUCUUUGAGGAUACUUGAUGUUCCUCAAGGGAAUAUCCAAGGUAGGCAAGGGUUUCCUCUUUUUUUUUUUCUAAAAUUUUUGUGAUCCUUAGAUACCACUUAAUCAUAAGUGAAAUUACUUUGGGAUGUGAUAACUUCUGUAACUGGUAUCAAGAAUAUAAAUCACAGAAUUUAUAAUUUAUUUGGUCCUAGAUUGUUCUCCAAGUUCUCAGAAGUUAGCACAUCAGAUAUGUCCCCCAAUAAUGUGGUUACAGUGUUCUGACAAUAAGGUGUUAAUUCCUUAUCCCUUGAUGUAGAACCCUGACUAAAUGCUUCUAUCACCUUUUGAAAAUACAGUAAACAGUUUUAAUUCUUGUUUAUUCAUCAAUGUGUUAGUAUGUCAAGUUGCACCACUUCUUAAAAUGUUUAUUAUAAAUGAAAUUAAAGCAUAGACAUCAGUUACUUGGUUAAGCUUCAAGUUUCUUUGCAACUCUGGUAUUUGUUCUUGUCAUAUGUCUCUUGUUAAGAAUGGUAUAAGUGUCGGGUUUAGCACUGAAACUAUUUAAUCUUGAAAAUACUGCAGAUAAAUGUUUGGCAGCUACAGAAUUGUUCUCUGUAUAAUGCUUUGGGGGGGGGGGGCAAUAAUUAUCAAACACUGCACUGGUUAUAGAUCAUAAUAUAUUACAUAUAAGAUAAUAAACUUAAGCCUUUCAUGCAAGAUCUUUGCCUUAAUUAUUGGCGACUGACCCACCGCCAAUUUUUCAUAGAAAACAUUUUUAAAAAUGCCUUAAUUUCACCGUGUUUCAUAGUAGACACCGUCAUAGUUUUGGCAAAUGUGUUAAAAAGUGGUUAUUUCUAAAUUAAACCUAACUUAACCUUAGUUGAUAAGAAAACAAGUGCUGGAAGCAUUGUUAGAGGACCUCACCAAAGAAACUUACCUAACCUCUUAGCCAUAGAGCUCCGCUCCCCAAAUCCCCUGUCAUAUUUAACAGAAAGAACUUACGAUGAGUUGGUGUAAUUUUAAGUUUUUUUUUUCUGUGGACGUGAGAGCAGCCCCCCUGACCCCCCAGCAUAUUAAACGGAAAGAACUUGCUAUGAUAUGGUGUAAAUUAAAAAAUUUUGUGGACGUGAGAGCAGCCACCCAAACCGUGUGACUCAUAACUGUACACUGGCAUCGAUCGGAGCUGUCAAAGUUAUUAGUGAAAAUGCUCCUUCUCGGCCACAUUACCGCUGAGAAAGAUAUAGAACAUGCCUAGUAACCUAAUUAUCUACCAAAUGAAGCAGUUAAAAAAAAAUGAUUAUCAUAUCAGAAAUCACUGAUGAAAAUAUAAUAAGAAUAUAAAUAUCAAAACAAAUAAUGUAUCAGCUUGUUAUUCAUCAAUAUUAGCCACAUUUUUUAUCACAGAACUGCCAGCAGUGAAUGCCCAGUGCUGAAAGGUGCUGGGAUAUAUAGUAUUUUUAUUUUCAUAUUUGUUAAGGUGUUUAUGUUUUCCUGGGUAAAUAUUUUUUGCCCAAUGUAAUUAGAAAAAUAUGUGAUAUGUAUAAGGAUACUAACUGUCAAAUUCAGUUAUGAUAAAAGUAAUUGUGUCUGUAAAAGCAAAUUUUGCAAGAAUUUUUUAGUUGUUCUGAGCAGAAAUAAUUAUUCUGUUGAUUUAUAGAAGGGGAACUUAAAUGUUGUCAGGGCCAUGUCUUAAAAUGAUGAAUGGAAAUCUUAACAUGCUUAAUAUGUUAAGCUGUUUUAUGGUAUAUAAUUUUAAUUGAUCUUUAAUCAUAGGUUCUUCAGGAAUGGUUGAAGGGUUAAAGAAAAUAUCCUGCUGUUUAAAUAGAAGAAGAAAUAUGGUCCAGCCAGACUGAGGACAGCUGUAUGGUUUAUAACCUUCAUGAUAGUAUUAUAAGUUGAGGUAAGGUUUUGUAACAUUGUCCUCCUUAUGUGCAACAGAAAUAAAUGGUUGUAAUGCA